GUGUCAACCAGCCUCCGCCAAGUGAUCGCUUGCCUUCCUGACAAUCAAGCCAUCGAAAAAGCCAUCUCUCAAAUUCGAACCAUCGGUGUUUCCACGACCGUUCGUGAACCCGACGUCCGUGUCGCUGCUUCACGACUUGUCGACGCGACAUCGCAGCUCCUUGUCGCCGUUCGUCAACCGAACAACCAAGAAGCCGUUGAUGCCUUUGUGUCCACAUACACCGACUUCCAUGCAGCUGUCAUCGCUUCUGUCAAGAGCCUACCUGACAUGGAUUCUAGACGAAGGACUAUUGACAAUUUGGAGUUGGCAAGGGACGAGGCGGUUACGCUUCUGUCGCAUGCCAGCGCUGCUUCGAGCGAUAUUACGCAGACGAAUACUUUGUCGCAGUCAUCGAGGAAGCUCAUCGAGACGGUUAAUGAAAUCGUUGAGCAGGUCGGAGUGGAACAGCCAUGGCAGAGGGAGUGUGAUGCUGCACUCAGGCAGAUCCAGGGUAUUCGCCACCUAACCGAACACGCGAAUGUACCGGUAAACACGAACUCGUACUUUGGAUGCCUCGAUACUAUCACUGAGCAGUCACGACAUUUGGGCGAAUCUAUGACUGGCAUAGCUCGUAAUGCUAAGGCUAUGGAUACUCGAGCACUCUGCACUAGCGUCAGACAAUCCGCCGAUGCUGUAUGCUCCCUAGCCGAGUCCGCAUCUCAAGCAGCUUACUUGAUCGGGAUUUCGCACCCGAAAAGUGUCCGAGGUGAAACCGCCAUCAUUGACGCAAGUCGUGUCCGACGUAGCGGAAUGCUUGUGCGUCAAGUUUGUGAACGUAUCGAACAGCAGAACUACACUCAGGAGCAGAUAAUUGACGAUGCUACGGUAGUAGCCAAGCACACCUCCAAUCUGGCCAACAUGUGCCGCGAAGCUUCUGAAAAGUCACAGAAUGUCAAC